CCCGUGAGCAAUCUCCCAACUCAUCUCUGUUUGAGCUUCGUCCGAAUGUUCUUACUUUCAUGACGUUGAGUUGAAAUUUUUAUAACAAAUAUGAACUCUUCGGACGCUCAGCUGGAAAAGAAAAAUUGUACGUUUUUGUUUAAUCGACGAAAAAUUAAGAAACAAUCGGUGAGAAAGCGUAAGGGAAUCGAGGAGGAAGAAGACAGUAGCGAAGAUGAAACAUCGGUGGUUAAGAAGGAAAAGAGGCAGAAUAAGCAGAAUCCCAUGAAACAAAGCACUAAUAUACGAUAUCAACAAAAAACAUGUGACAACGAAAGUAGUAUAAAGGACAGCGUAACAGUAUCAUAUAAGAGUAAAAGAACACCAAUACCCUCUGGACCUAGUGACCAAGGAGCUACUGCUGUGUUGGAAACAGAAACUGAACUGGAUAAAGAUGCACAGGCAUUAUUUGAAAAGGCCCAAAAAAUUAAUGAGGAACUGGAAGGGAAAGAGGAUGACAAAAUAUACAGGGGAUUAAAUAAUUAUGUACAGUAUUAUAAGAAAAAGGACACUGCAGCAGGUAAUGCCUCUAGUGGAAUGGUUCGGAAAGGACCAAUACGUGCACCAGCAAAUUUAAGGGCAACGGUUCGAUGGGAUUAUCAGCCUGAUAUCUGCAAAGAUUAUAAAGAAACUGGUUUUUGUGGUUUUGGAGAUAGUUGUAAAUUUCUCCAUGACCGUUCGGAUUACAAAUUGGGUUGGCAGCUUGAAAGAGAAGCAGCCAGCGGAGAGUACAAUAAUAGUGGCGAUGAGGACGACAAAAAGUAUGAAAUUGACAGUGAUGAAGAAACGCUACCAUUCAAAUGUUUUAUAUGUCGUGGGACCUUUGUGGAUCCAGUUGUUACAAAGUGCAAGCAUUACUUUUGUGAAAAAUGUGCCCUUGAUCAAUAUACAAAAAGUACAAGAUGUUUCAUCUGUAAUGUACAGACCAAUGGUGUUUUUAAUCCUGCAAAAGAGCUAAUAGCAAGAACUAAACUGGAAAAUUCCUCAAAGGAAGAACAAAUUAGUGACGAUUCUAAUGACUGCCCUUAAUCCAUUAGAAAAAAUUGUUAUGCGUAUAUGCGGCUACUUAAAUAUUUACUUAAAAUGAAAAACUUAGAGAAUUGUUACAUCUUUUACACUAAGUUAACAUUCUUAAAUAGAAAAUCAUAUUUUCUACAUUUUUUUGAUAAACAGAGGAUAUGAUUUUCUAUCACAUUAAAACCAAUUAAAUCACAUUUUAUUUAAGAACAAAACUGUCAACGUUCAUCUUACUUACGCAAUUUAAAAUUAUUAGUGAAGAAACUGGAUCAAUGAAUGUAACUCGAAUGUAAUCAA